AUGGUACCAUUCAUCUCAGGAGCUGCCGAUGCAGAGUACUAUCUCGAAGGAUACCUCAGCGAGUCUGGGCAGAAAGAGCACAAGUCGCGAUGGGAGAUCACAAGAACAACUCACAAUACAAUUUUGGAAUCUCCCGAGGAUCCAAAUGCAGUGCCUGCCGUCACUGGGGUUCCCGAAGCAUUCGUGUCCCAUGAACCAUGCGAAGCCCGUUCCGAUACUUCAGGAAUAGUUUGGGGGAAUAAAAUAGCAUUGCAGAAACUCUGGGAUGGCAGCAGAUGGGAACUGACCGGGGAAACGGAGAGGAUCGACCAGAAACUUGUACUUUCCGUGGCUGCCGGGCGGGACAAGUUCAUCCUCAUAGAGAACAGCGGAAGGAUUUUAAGAAACGGCUGGAGCCGAAGGAGUUCGUCCGUCUGGAAGCGAGCUCGGCAUGGCUCCGACGGGCUCGUCAACCAGCCGGAGGGUGAACAUGCCAGCCUCGGGCUCUACACGUAG